AUGGACUUCCCAACACCACCACCGACAAGCGGCAAGCAAAUCCGCUUCAUGCAAGGGCCUAAGCAUCCUGAAUACUAUGAAGACCUCUACGGCAAAUUCAACGAGGAGGAAACGGUCGAAGGAAAAGCAGACAGGUGUGAGAGCGACGAGAGCAGUGACGAAGACGUCGAGCAACCAGACUCUCCGUCGAAGAAGACGACAGUCGACCUGGGCUUCUUCAAAAGGCUCGCUGCACCAAAGUCAAAGGAGGCGCUGCCGGAGUUUGAACUGGAACAGUUCGGUGAACGAAAGUUGAGAAAGGGUAGAGGCGUCUUCGACUACGUCAACAAGCUCGACGCACCACUACCUCACUCUUACCACGAGGGAGGUGAAGGAUACAAGAUCGCACCGAGCGUGAAUCCGAAGCACUCAAUCGCCGCGCCUCGAAAGACACCAGCGAGGAAGCUCAUACCGCAUAAGAACGGCAUGUUCGGUACUCCUUCGUCUGCGAGGAUGCCUUACUUCGCCGACGGGUACGAGGAUGGGUACGAGAACAACUCAGCCGGGGAGAUGAUGGACGAUAUGCUCGGACCCGUUUCGCCCCCUGCCGCCCGCAACGACGACCCUGCUGUAGACAGCACAGUCGCGACCCCGAAGAAGAAAAAACUCACGCGCGGCAAGAGCCUCGUCAUCGACCCAGCGCUCCUCACGGACGAGCAAGGCGCCUUCGACGGAGAAGCUGAAGGUUAUGAAGGCAACGUAUCCGAAACGAACGGCAACACCGUGGCGAUGAACCGGAUCCCAAAGUCGAAGACCAAGAAGAAGUCGGCAGCGAACCAGCUCCUCAACGGCAUCACCGCCUUGCCAGCCAGCUCUGCCAGCCUCCUAAGCCUGAAAGAAGAAGUCCACCGCUCCGCUGCGAACGCCUUCGCAUCCUCAAAGCGCCGAACCAGCUGCGCGCACAUCCCCACGCAUCGCGAACGCCAGAAAGCCGAGCAAAAGAAGGAGCAAAAGGCGCUGCUGAAGCAGUUCAAAGCGUCGCCGUUGGGGCGUGUGACGAGUAACAGCGGGAAAGGGGUCGCGCGCAGUGAGAAGGUGUGGAGGUUGAGGAAUUGGAAGGGGGAGAAGAUCGCUAGUGGGACGGGGAUGGUGGUGGUGGAGGAGGGGGAGGUGGAGGAUGUGCGGGAGUUUGUGCGGUACGAUGAGUAG